AUGCCGCCGCGGACCCGCGCUGGCGCGGACGGCGGCGACGACGACGAGCCGACGCUCCUCAGUAUCGUCGAGCUGAACAAGCUCUUCAAGGACGUCAUCGUCUUCACGCCGCAGAGCGGCGUCCAUGACGCCAACAAGGCCCUCUUCAGGGGCUGGACGCGGUCGAUCAUGCUCCACGCGCCCGUGCUCGAGAUCGUCGGACGGCACGCCAAGGCCGACUUCGAGACCAUCUACGACAGCGAGUGGGCCAAGAUCAACCAGUCCGAGCGGCCGCAGGCCGAGCACAUGCUCAUGGAUGAUGAUAGAAGGUCCACGGAGAAGGGCAAGGGCACCACGGGCUACCACACGUGGCUCGAGGCGAACUACUCCAAGGCCUUCUACGUCGGCGAGUCCCGCCGCGGCGUCUCCGGCGGGCGCCAGGACCUCGAGUUCGAGGCGUCGAUCGCCGUCUACGUGAACCGCCCCCACUACGCCAAGUUCCUGGAGGCCAUCCUCGUGGACCCGCAGCACAGGAACAUUCUCAAAACUGAGCCGCAUAUUUCGAGCUGUACCGUUGCUCCUGCGCAGCGAAAACGGCCACGACUGUUCACGGGAACAGCUGGGGGAGCAGUGAGAGCUUACGAUUGCCGGGAGGGCUCCAAAUUUGAAGUUCACGACUCAGCAUCUGUCGAGGCAAUCAAGAAUAACGAGUCUCGAGGCCGAGGUUGCGUGUCACAGUUGGCAAUAUUCGAUGCACAGGCAGUAUUGGUUGCGGUCGUCGAUGGUGUUUUAAUUGCUUACGACUCUAACUCUUUGAGAGCGACUGCCCAAGUACAGAAUGCUCAGGGUGUGUCAUUCUUCUCAGCGCACGUACCGUCGCGUACUCUGGUACUCUUUCUCAAGAAAAAAGCUUUAGUAUACUUUUGGCAACGGGGCGGUGGUUUAAAAGAUGCAAAAAAAGAGUUUCUGCUGCCGGACACUCCCAUUUCGGGAUGUUGUGUGAGUGAUAUCUGCAUGGUCGUGGCAAACAAGCGAUCGUUUCACAUUUUUAGAAUUGACUUGCCAAAUGACUGUGGCGAAACAAGCGUCUCUGCCAAAAAAAGAGGCGUCUUCAGCCUACGUGGUGGUAAAAGCCCUAAGGGAGCAUGUGACGGGUCAACAUCAGACUGGCCAAUGCGAAAAAUAUUGGACGCACCGGGUGGUACAGGGGCACUCUUGAUUAUACCCGGGAGCCAGUCUUCACCGGGCAAAAAGCGGCUUAUUGCAUCAUCACAGUCUCGUGGUAUUCUCUAUGGCAUUCACGCUCUGACCACCUUCUUAGUAUUGCCGUCCCUUCAGUUGCUCAACCCUCUGGAAGAGCGCAUCACGUGGACGACAGCACCCAUCAUGCUCAAGUCCACGUCUGCGUUCAUCGUUGGUCUUCUAGGAAACACAUUGGAGGUUCAUUUUAUACCCUCGCUUGCGCUUGUUCAGAAGAUUUCGCUGGAAGGAGGUUUUAUUGCAACUACACUCUGUGGUGGAGUUCGUGAUGAGCUAGCAGACGAUUGUGAAUCUAAUACUGGAGACUUCUUGAACGUUACGGAUAUUUCUCCGGCAUUGAAACCGCUUUCGAAGCUCGACGCCAUGCGCAAUAUGAGCAAUCAAACACGGUCUAGGAAUUCUGGAGGCACCCCAUCUCUGGAUGAUCUCUUCUGUUUAGGUGACACCGGGGGGUUUGUAUUACGCAUGACCUCUGUUGACGAUCAAGUGCAAAAUCUGUUGGACUCCGCGCAGUACGAGGAUGCCCUUGCGCUUUGUGCAUCAUCAGCGCGGAAAUUCCACGGCGACUCACGGCUGGUCGAGGAGCGAUAUGCUUACGCGCUAUACAGCCGAGGUGACUUCGAAGGCGCGUCGCAGCACUGGCUUAAUGCCGAGACUGCACCGCAAGCCGUGGCUGAUCUCUUUCCGUCAAUCCGGCCGCCUGAGUUGUCAACAAGAUUGGGCCUGAGAAGUGACGACGGGGAAUUCGCUGUCCUUGAAACUGUCUCGCGAGAGAAGCAUCAUGCACUGAGCUCAAUGCCUCUCCUACGCGGUGCAAGCUUGAGCCGCGCUGCCGCUGCUAUCGCAUCAUUCUUUGAGAUCACACGACGGAGGCUAAAUGCACGCAGCUCAGAGGGCAGCAUGCUUGACUAUAAAAACACCGAGACAGUCUGUGACCAACUCGCGCUUGUAGACACGAUGCUGAUUGCAGUAUGGCUGCAGUGUUCACCACCACGGAUCAAAGAUGUCGUUGCCUUACUGCGGGACCCAGGUCAGCGAUGUGAGCUUGAGUAUGUCGCUCCCCUGCUAGCUGCAGGCGGGGCAGUAUAUGCAGAGCCGCUCCUGUGGCUGUACCGGAGCAAGCACGCCCACCAGCGAGCGUUAGCACUCCUUGUCGAGACUCGCUGUUGCGGGGACGUCAAUGGGGCGUGGGAUCGUGUCCAGUUCCUUCGCUGGAAGACAAGGUAUUUACAGUGGCUCUGGUUUUCCGAUGAUCAGCGGAAUACCAACCUCGCACUAGAACACGCCCCCUCUGUUUUUGCCGCUUCUCCAGCGCUUGGUCUUGCAGUCUUUACCGGCACCCUCGUAGAUAUCCAAGGCGAUGAGGAUCCACUCGAGGUACCCUUGAGUGUACGUGUUCCUGCUUAUGAUGUGGUUACUUGGAUGAAAGAUUUAAAAUUGCGAGCUGUGCAAGCUGGAGAGAAAUCUUCUGGUCCGAGCUUCUGGCAAGUGCCUCCUUGCUUGAGCUGCGAAUUGGGGGCGGGGGGGUCGCUUGCAUUGGAUGAUGGAGCGGCGGUGGCGUGCGUCUAUCUCGAGUAUCUUGUUUCUGCUGGCGAGGAUUCGCCCAUGUUACAUAACGAACUUGGGUACCUUCUUCUUGACGGCCUUAAGCGUAUAGGGGGCUCUGACCACGAGAGCAGUAGCAUCUACAGGCAAUGGCUCCGCACGUUCCUGAUGAGAUCCAAGAACUACGAUGCGAAGGCACAGCUCUCCUGGCUCCCUGAAACUUUUCUUCACGAGAGGGCUUUGGUGCUGGCUCGAAUGCAAAAUCACAAAGCGGUGCUGAAAAUCUAUGCGAUAAGCUUGAGAGAUGACAAACUUGCAGAGGACUAUUGCGAAAAUAUCUGGGGUGAAGCUACACAGUCCCGAGACACGCGUCUCGUUACCGAGCCUCACAACCCUGAAAUUCUAUCAAACACCGCAUCAGAUGUGUACACAACACUUGCGAAUAUUUAUGCUUCACAACUUGUUAUUCAACAUUCCACUACCGAUGCGACAUUGCCUUGCGCAGUGGCUCUUGGCAAAGCGCUUGGCUUCAUGCAUCGCAAUCUCAACCGACUGCACCCCGCAAAGGUAUUAAAUGCACUGCCCGUAGAUUUGUCCCUGUCUUGCUAUGCUAAAUUCACCGAAGCUUUGAUUCGUUCUUCAGAGUCUGAACGCCGUGCUGCCCUGGUUCAGCACAACCUGCGGAGAGUUGAGUUUGUAAAUCUCAAGUAUGAGCUCACACGGCAGCAGAUUAAGCAGCAGUCGACGAUGUCGGCUGUCCCUGAGCUCGCAAGCCUCGGGCGCGUGAAACGCUCCCUCACACCGGUUGUUUUGAGUGAGUGCACAGAAGGCGGAGAAGCCUACCACGUCUCUUGUACGCGACAUGCGUUGGACUCGCAUGUAGUUCUACAGUUUCACGUGACAAACAAUGCGAGGGGGCAGCAAUUGCAAAAUGUACGUGUCCGUGUCGAGCCCCUUGGUGAUGCCGACUUGUAUGCUCAUCAUGCAGAAGUGCCGCUACAGAUCCUCCCAUUCGAGUCCACCGGCUCGUGCUAUGUCGUGUUUCGCACCUACCCAGCAGUUGGGAUUGUUUCGAGUCUGUUUGCAUGCGAGCUUCGCUUUGUGGUCGUCGACCCUGGGGACCUGAACGUUUCUGGUGCUUACCUUGAGGAAAUAUUGCUCCAGAAUCUCGAGCUUCCCGCUUCAGAGCUGUGAAUGCGCAGUCUCUCAAAAUUACUUUUAUGGCAUAAUUCAUGUUUCAGGUAGCGAGCGGGUUAGCAAUUCGUCAUAUCCUCCCAUCUAAUAUAACUGAUGGUCAUGAUGGUCUUAUCCGCGCCAGGACGCAAGGAGACCUCCAUUCGCCUCCCAGGCCGAGUUGCUUGAUGAUGAGGGCCCGGCCCAGGCAACGACCGUCGGUCUCAUUCGAUCAACUAAACAUGAUCAGUUGAAACAUUGACGGACAAAGCGUCCACACGGUGGCUUUAUGGGCGGUUUCGCAGCGCAGUCUCCCUCUGAUCUGGGCUAUAGUGCCAGUGUCUACGCUCAUCCUUCUAGCCCACCUUCGAGCCCGGCCUCUACAGCGCUUUCGCCGAGGGCACCCUGCAGCAAGGUCAGCUCGAUCACUCCGAUCUUCAUCGGAGUCGCCUGGGGUUUCAAACUUGAAGAUGGGCCUCACUAAAUACCCGGGUACAGGCGCGAAGCGUGACGGUUUUGCAAUUCGAGUUUCUAAUCGCCCGUGCACGACCACAUCGCCGCAGACGCUGGCGAACGCUGGUGGAAUCGCGGCGGGUUCGUAAUCGAAACCUUCGAAGCCGAUACCCUGGUCUGGAGUCCAAUUUUGACGGGCCCUUACAGCCGUAGCUUCCAGAGGAUUACGGGGCGAUCCGGGGCCCGAGGUGAAUUUGCCUUGAUGCACGCAGGUCAUCCCGCAGAUGCAUGUUUGAUGGCCUUUGGUAGUUUUGUAUCUCAGGGUGAAGGCCGCCGGCGAGCGAGCCGAGAUCAGACCAGGCGACCAGGUGAAAUAUAUCUAUUGCACCCCACCAAAGGAAAUCAAGGGAGAAUUAUCAGUGAGAUUAACAGGAAGGUAGAUACAGGAGAAUUUCCCGGGGUCCUUUUAAGCUACCUCGCUGAGCCUGGUGCUAUCUGGCGCGUCGCUGUAGACACCAGCCCAUUAGCUUCUUUUCUGGUCAUGUAAAAAGUGAGGGUAUUGCCGCUUAAACUUUGUGAGUUCAAGAUGUUAGAGAGAUAGAGAGGUUUCUACCCUCGUAGUGAGCUGCAUCUGUGAACUGCUAACGAGAUAGUAAACUCCG